AUGAUUAAAAAGGUUAAUAAUUUCUUAGUUAUAAUUUUAGUUUUUUUAGCUGUAAUUCUAACAGAAUUAAUAAUGUUCAUGGAGCUUAACUCCUUAACGUUGCUAAAAUGUUUUAUAUUUGUAGAUCUUUUAUUGGUUUUUAUCCCUUUUAGUUUACCUCGUAUGGGUGGAAAAGUGUCUUCUAUAAAAAAUUUAAUCGAUGCUAUUAAAACACGUAUCUUUUUCUUUAAUAGCUGUCUCUUUUUCUCUAAAAUCUGACUCUAUGAAAAUAAAAUUACCAUAUUUUGGGUGUAUACAAUAUGAAAUGGUUUAAAUUCUAUUUUUUGUGGGAUAUUUAUGGAAGAUAACUACAUGGCGGAUAUAUAUUCUAUCUCCCCUAAAAAUGGUGGGGGGGACCCCGCAGAGGGGAAUACCCCCUCAGGAAAUCCAGACAGUACUAUAAGUUAUGAUUUCCUAGCUGAAGCGCGGGAUAGGAUUAAUACUCAUAAGAGUGAAAUUUCAACUCCAACGGAGGGGGAUAAAGCUAUCCUUUUUUCAAAGGAUAUUCCGACUUAUGGCCAAAAAAAAAUAUAUUUCCAAGAGUCUUCUGGUUUAUUGAGUCGUAGAGGGUUAGCACCCCUUUCAGUUAGAGAAAUCUGCGAUACUCUUUUAACAGAUAAGGGACUUCCUCCGUUAAACACCGUAGGACUAAAAUCCCAUCUCAAUACUGUAGAUCAGAAUAUUGUGCUGUAUAAAGAGCAAGUAGUGAAAUUUAACAACACUCUUAGAGGUAUUGAUCAAGGUAAUGAGCCAUUUUUUCCAGAUAGCUCCAAAAAAUUAUUUUUGGAGUAUAAAGAAAUUUUACCUCACAUGGUCGAAAUAAAUGAAAAAAUGGGUACUAAUUUAUGCAAAGAGAUAAAAGCUAAAGAUCCCUCUUUUCAUCACCCCUUAUUAACUAAUAAUGAUUCAACAUCUAAGCCUAAGGAAAAAUAA